AUGUCAUCUUUGAUAGCGUGACACGAACAGGUUGUUGCAUAAAUUCGAGAAGAAGUAAACAGGAACAGCCUUUAACAUUCGCUUUUGGACUAAACAAGUGGUUUCUGGAUCAAUACCGAUUUAAAAUUCAGGAUACAGGUAAUUUUUGCCGAAGACUGCGCUUGAUUCUGUCUUUCAUGGCUCUUUUGGAUAAACACAUGUAAAUUUGCAACACUCACAGGGAGUCUUAAUUCUUGCUUAACUGUGAAAGAGGUUCAAAACAGUCUGAUGAAUGAGCUUGUUAAGAGAAGUCUUCAUAGAACUAUUCUUCUAUACGUCUAUGCUUUUAUUGGAGGAUGUAUAUUCUAUGUCAUUGAGUACAAGCCUGAGAAGAGCAGGAUUGCUUAUACAAGACUUAGGCACGAGCUCCAACUUAACUUUACAAAAAGAUUUAAUAUAUCCGUGAACGAGAGUGAUUUCGAACGGUUUAUGCAGACAGCUUUCGAGAUUGUAAGAAAUGGCAACAAAGCAGAUUGGGGAAUUUUAACCGGUACUUCAUUUGCGAUGACGUCAUUGACCACCAUUGGUUAUGGACACAUGACACCUGAAACACAACUUGGACAAUUUUUCACCGUCAUUUAUUGCAUUGUGGGACUGCCAUUAUCAACGCUGGCUCUGAAGUCAAUCGGAGAACUAAUCGCCAAGAUGGUAUAUAAGAUCAUUUAUCGUGUGGAGACAAAAUUACUUUUUAGGAUAAGACCUCGGAAGGUUAAGAUAAAAACCUUUUUCAUAACUUUCACACUGAUGAUUUUGACGUUAUGUAUUGGUGCUCUAGCAGGGAAAUACCUGGAAGGUUGGACUUUCAUAGAAGGCUUCUACGCAUGGUUUGCUUCACUCUCCACCAUCGGAUACGGCGACUACGUUCCUGGUUGGAAAAUAUUGAAAAAUGCCGAAGACUCUGCAGCAGACAUUUGGAUAUUGAUAACAGCACUAUCCCUCCCCGGUAUGGCGACACUUUGUGUAGUCUCAGGUGUGGUUAAUUCACUUGUUGAAGCUUAUAAUGAAUUCAAAAUACAAUGUAACGUUUGUUCUCGAUGUCCUGCAUGCAGAAGGAGAAAGUCUGAGAAAUCUAAAGGAAAACGCAAGAAGAAAAAGUCUGCAGGUGGUGCAACACAAGAAAAACACAGAAAAUUCGAGUCCCUAUACGCUUGUAGCGAAAGGGAAAGAUCGACUACUGUUUAGUCGACCAAAUACAUUUUAAGACGCACUAGGAUACAGUU